GGGAGAAGGUGUUGCCUAGUUUUCUGACGACUAUUGAAUUGCCUGUGAAUCUGCCAAGAUCAGUGCCAUUUCUCCUGAAUCAUAGUUUGUCCUUGCUCUCCUUUUUCAGGUAGCAUGAGAGCUGUCGCUGAUGACAGAAACCAUGAAUGGAGCCAACCGCUCUAUUGUGUCUGAGUUUGUGUUCCUGGGACUCUCCAAUUCCUGGGAGAUCCAGCUUCUCCUUUUCCUAUUUUCCACCGUGUUUUAUAUGGCAAGCCUGAUGGGAAACCUCCUCAUUCUGCUAACUGUGACUUCUGACCCUCAUUUGCAGUCUCCUAUGUACUUCUUGCUGGCUAACCUUUCCAUCAUUGACCUGAUAUUUUGCUCAACCACAGUUCCCAAGAUGAUUUAUGACCUUUUCAGAGAGCGCAAAACCAUCUCUUUUGGAGGCUGUGUAGUUCAGGUCUUUUUUAUCCAUGCAGUUGGGGGUGUGGAAAUUGUGCUGCUCGUAGCCAUGGCCUUUGACCGAUAUGUGGCCAUAUGUAAGCCCCUCCACUACCUGACCAUAAUGAGCCCACGAAAGUGCAUUUGGUUUUUAUUUGCCUCCUGGAUUAUUGGCCUUAUUCAUUCAGUGGCUCAGCUGGCUUUUGUUGUAGACUUGCCUUUCUGUGGUCCAAAUGAAUUAGAUAGCUUUUUUUGUGACCUUCCUCGAUUUAUCAAACUUGCUUGCGUAGAGACUUUCAUGUUGGGAUUCAUGGUUACUGCCAAUAGUGGGUUGAUUUCUGUAGUCUCCUUUUUGAUUCUGAUUAUUUCUUACAUCUUUAUUUUGGUGACUAUACAGAAAAAAACUUCAGGUGGUAUAUCCAAGGCCCUCUCUACCCUGUCAGCUCAUGUCACUGUGGUGGUUUUGUUCUUUGGGCCAUUGAUCUUUUUCUAUAUAUGGCCAUUUCCCACAUCACAGCUGGAUAAAUUCCUUGCCAUCUUUGAUGCAAUACUCACUCCCUUUCUAAAUCCAGUCAUCUAUACUUUCAGGAAUAAAGAGACGAAGACAGCAAUGCAAAGACUAUGCAUGUGGUUUGUGAAUUAUAAUAAAAUCUCUUAA